UUAAAAAAGUUCCACUGCUUGUUCUAAUGUAUAUGUGAUCUUGUCUCUCUCUAAUCUCUGAUUAAAGUCAUCGCCCAUAUAUACUUUGCAUCAGCAUAUCAUGUGUUAUAUUCUAAUCUCUAAUGUAUGAUGGAGAGAGAGAUGAGUAAUGCGAGGCCUUUAAAAGAUAUGGCAAUCUCGACAAGUGGUAAUGGAGGAGAGGGCUUGGAAGAGAGGCAGGUUAGAAGUGAUGAUUACAAGGAAGUGGUGGUGAGGUACAAGGAAUGCCUAAAGAACCACGCGGCGGCGAUCGGAGGGAACGCCACGGACGGGUGCGGUGAGUUUAUGCCGAACGGGGAAGAAGGCUCCCUCGAGGCGCUGAUGUGCUCAGCUUGCAGCUGCCACAUGAACUUCCAUCGGAAAGAGAUGGAAUGCGGUUGCACCUCGGAUUGUUGCCACCGAAAACUUAUCUUGGGACCUCAUGAUUACUUUUCGAGGUCACCCCACGGGGACCCUUCCCCGCAUCGGGCCGUGAUAAUGUCGUUCAAAGGCGGAUCGAUCCCUUCGGAGACGGACGAGAAGGACGAAGGGCGGAUCGUGACGAAGGCGAGGAAAAGGUUUAGGACCAAGUUCAGCCAGGAGCAAAAGGAGAAGAUGUUGAGCUUUGCGGAGAAAGCUGAGUGGAGAAUUCAGAAGCUGGAUGAGAGUGUAGUGCAGCAGUUUUGCCAAGAGAUUGGGAUCAAGAGGAGAGUCCUCAAGGUGUGGAUGCACAAUAACAAGCAAAGCUUUGCAAAGAAAAAUAAUGUAUCUGCUGCUUAAAUAUUAAUUAAUUAAGCAAUAUGUAUUCAUAAUCAUCUCUUAGGGUU